AUGAGAAAAAAACCUUUUAAAGAUAAUGAGAUAUAUUUAGAAAAACAUGCAAAAGCAUUAUUAGAUUAUUAAUAGACUUCUGAUGAAGAAGAUAUUAAUACCUAAUCUAAAUAUCGAAUUAAAGCUAUAAAAUAUAAAAAUAAUCUCUUAGAAUCAUAAGAAGUAAUCAAAGCAUUACAAUUGGAAAAUUAAGAAAGUGUAAUUCAUUAGAAUUAAUAAUUUAGAAAAAAAUUAUCAAUGAAUUACUAUUAGAUAUUGAAGAAAUGAAAGAAAGAGAAAAGUAAUUAGAAUCUGAACUAAAUGAAUAAAAAUAACUAACAUAAUCAGCAAUUUAAUAAUUGGAAUAAGAACUCUAAGAAUCUGUAGAAGAUCGUUUAUUGUAAGAACAAAAGCAAUUCUAAGAAAAGCUCACAAUUUAAUCGAAUGAAGCAAUUGAAUAACUUAAAUAACAUUUUGAUGAAUAACUAAAGAUAAUUGCCUAAACACCAAAAAAUACUAGACCAUCUUCCAAAAAAAAAAAGAAAAAGUAAACCUCCCAAAGCACAUCUAAUCUAAGACCAUAAAGUUAAAUUACUGGAAGAUCUCCUUCAACAAUAUCCAAGAAAAAAAAAAAAUGA